AUAUAAGUUCUUGGCGCCGGCGCGAGCUUGGACACAUUCAUUCUGCAGAACUACCGGGAACGUCAAAUUCAGCAACCUUAAUUAUUUGUAAGCAGAAAUGACAAGACGAAGUGGUCGCCUCCAAUCCAAAUCCGAAAGUGUAACGCCACAGUCAAGGAAAAUGACCAGAAUGAGAAGAGAGCAAGGUUACAAAAAGAAAACCUCAAAGAGACAAAGUGGUGAUGUGCAGAAUCAGCGGGCUGAAGAGGAGUCAUGCAGUGAUUCCCCAAUGAUUGGGAUUGAAACCUUAAAUGAAAUUGUGCUACCCUCACCUCUUCCUACUCUUAGCUGGGGCUGCUCAGAAGAUGUGUGGGUGAAGAUGUUGAGUAAAGACCUGAAGUACCAGCACAACAAGAGCCUCACUGAGCGCCACCCCAGUAUACUGCCCAAGAUGAGGGCCGUCCUGCUUGACUGGCUUAUGGAGGUUUGUGAAGCGUAUAUGCUCCAUCGACAGACCUUCUACCUUGCACAGGACUUCUUUGAUCGGUAUAUGCUGACCCAGGAAGGAGUUGACAAGAAUCGCCUCCAGCUCACAGGCAUAACGGCUCUUUUCAUUGCCUGUAAAAUAGAGGAAAUUAACCCGCCAAAGCUUCUGGAAUUGGCCUACGUCACAGAUGGGGCUUGUUUUGAGGAGGAAAUCCUUCAUAUGGAGCUCAUUAUGUUGAAGGCCUUAAACUGGGACCUGUGUCCUGAAACGGUGAUCUCCUGGAUGAAGCUCUACCUCCAGAUGGCAUCUCUGUAUGACCAAACCAACCUCCUCGUUCCGCAGUUCUCCACGGAAACAUACUUAAAGGUCACACAGCUCUUGGACUUGUGCAUCCUUGAUGUGAACGCUCUGGACUUUCCGUAUGGACUGCUUGCUGCUGCUGCUCUGUGUCACUUUACUCCUGUAGAGGUCGUCCAGAGGGUCUCUGGCCUCACCUGGGAUAAGCUGCUCCCAUGUGUGGAUUGGAUGGCUCCGUUCGUGGAGACAGUGGUUGGAUACGCAAAUGUUCCACUUAAACAGUUUGAGAGGGUUCCUGAGGACGACUGGCAUAACAUCCAGACACACGGCAGCUACCUGAACAAGCUGGAUGAGGCCCAGCAGAGACAAUUUGAGAGCUCGUUUGUUCCCCUCACCCCACCCGGCAGCUCUGAGAAAACCGCCUCGUCAUCUUGAGACCAGACACAUGCCAUGCCUGCUCGGAAACGCAGUUCUUCUGUGACCAAAAUGGGAUUUCUUCCCCAAAAAUUUCUGGAACCACUUGUUUGGAGAAGACCUAAAAAUGUUGCUUCAUUCUAUGGAAAUCAGUUGUAUUUUUAUUUUAUAAUUGUGUGUGUGUGGCAUAUAUAAAUUCAUCUUUUGUUUUCUCCAUUGGGAUGGAAAACUGAUGCAUUAUGUGAAACAGGUGUUUUCUACCUUGUAGUGCUCAAAUAUGAGCAUAAUAUCAUUAUUUAUUGUGACUCAUCCCAUAGUAGUUCCAAUAUGUGGUUUCAGCACUUGCUGGCUGUCUUAAAAGUGAAAUUUUUUUUUUUUUUUGUUCUGUAUAUCACAAGAGAAGUUGGCUAUAUUUUUGUACAUAUUGUAUUAAACAGUGUAAAUGUUGGAUAGUCAUGAACUAUAUUGAAGUGCAAAUAGCAAUUAAUUUAACUUAGCUUGAAAUCCUUGAGCGCCCCAUUUCUCUUUUAAUAUGUCAAGACGUCAUCAGCUCUGGGACAGCUUCAAUUUGUAAUGUGUAAAUAUGUAAAAAUGUUCAUAGAAUUGUGGACUUGAUUGCUGUAUUUAUAAAAAUGUUUAUUCUCAUGCCCAAAUGAGAAAUAAAAAAAAUGGCACUAAUGUACAA